CUCGAUCAGAGGAAUAAGACCAGAGUCCAAUUGGGAUGUUUACUGCGCAGAUUUUGGAAACAGAAUAGAAUGGAUAUAAGAAUGCUUGCCUCUUUUGUAAAAGCACAUUGGACAACGUUGAUUUGUGAGAUUCCUUGGAUUGGUCUGGCCCACAGUUGACACUGACCAUCGCAAUUGGAUGCCAUGCAAACUCUACCAUCACUAAAAACAAGUGUGGAACAAAACAGAUAUCACGAUAUCAGACUAUCCCAGUAAUCUUUCAUUCCUCCUCCAGCCAAACUUCCUUCUCUUUCCAAGCCCAGCCAUGGCCUCAUUACCACCGGCCACCAAAACCCUCAAGGCUCGUCUCAACGAUGGUGACACCCUUUACGCUCUCUCCUCACUUCUCCCUACUCUGGCUGAAAUCUCAGGCCUCGCAGGCUAUGACUUCGUUGUCGUCGAUAUGGAACAUGGCCACGGUAGCAUCUCCAGCGCUCCUUGUCUUCAGGCUCUAUCCGCCACCCACACUCCCAUCCUCCGCUUGCCAGAAAAUUCCCCAUCAUGGGCCAAGAAAGCCCUCGACUUGGGCCCAGAUGGCCUCAUGUUCCCCAUGAUCGACGAACCGGAAUCCGCCAAAAAUGCCGUGUCAUAUUGCCGCUACCCUCCUACUGGUAUACGCGGCGCUGCACACCCAAUUGUUAGAGCUUCCAAGUACGGCCUUGACGAUGAUUACUUGGAGAAGUGCGAGCGUGAACUACUGCUUAUGUGCCAGGUAGAAUCGGGAGAAGCUGUGAACAGAGCUGAAGAGAUUGCAGCCGUUGAUGGGGUCGACUGUGUGAUGGUUGGGCCGACGGAUUUGAGUGCCAGCAUGGGGUACCUGCGGGACCCGGGGAAUGAGAAAGUGAAGAAGAUGAUGAAGGUGGCUGAGGCGGCCGUGUUAGGCGGCGGUGCGGCCUAUUUGGCCGGGUUUUCUCUGCCGCAUGAUCCGCCCAAUGAGAUGAGGAAACGCGGAUACCGCAUGGUUUGUGGUGGGGUCGAUUUGGCGUUGUUUAGAAACGCUGCUCUGGAAGAUGUAAAGAAGUUUAAGAUGGUCUAGGUUCUCUCAGUGGCUUGAUCGGCUUCUCUGUUAUCAGAUGUAGAAGAUAACAUCUUUUCCUUUUUAUUCGCUAUAAUCUUGGGAAAGAGGAAAAUAAAUUGUGCAUGUUACUAGUGUUUCUUUUUUUUUUUCUUUAAUUCAGGAAGUCAAAUUUAAAUUCAACUUUUUUGU